AUGAGGAAGCAAAGCAGCACACUACCAAUGCCUAGAGGGUCACGAGGAGAUUCAUUUUCAAUGCCACAUUCUUCCUCCUCGGCAUUCUCAAAAUUUGGCUCAAAGUACAUUGGAGGCGGAGCGGGAAAGCAGGAUGGACAGGGAUUAUGGCAGGAUAUAUUGCGUAGUUUCAUGAAUGGCUUGGAAGGGAAAGAUACAGAGAAUUUACAUGGUACAUUGUUUGUGUUAGGUAGAGCCAAUGGAGGUAAAACUGAACUCAUUUCAGAGCUAAAAAAGAUUUCUGAGAAAGGUAAGGAGAGAGAUAGUAAGAGUGCAUUUGCUACAUCUGAUGUGGGUGAAAGUCCGUAUAUUGGUUUGGAUUUUUGUAGCAUGAGGAUUAAAGAAGAAUUUUUCAAGUUAGAACAAGAUGACUCUAUUGAAGAUUCAGACCAGGAUGAACUGAAUGAGGGCCAAAACACUACAGUAAAGAAUGUCACAUUAGAUGUGUGGAGUGUGGACCAUUGUGGGAUGUCUGAUGAGUUGGUUAAAAGGCUUGUGGAUGUAUUUAACAUUCAGAAUAGUAUUUCAGGAAAUAGUACUUCAGAGAACUCGAAUAUGAAUAUAUCAUCAACAGAUAUUGGUUCAACAAUGAUUAAUGGAGCUGGAGGAGGUAGCUUGGAUGAAGAUACAAGAGAUAACAGUGGAGCAUCUAUGCAGACUCCAAAUAUCAUGUUUCUCAUAGUUUUAGAUUCCUCUUUACCUUGGACUUUAAAUGAUGAUUUGGUAACGUGGAUUCAACAAAUACAGGAAUGUUGGUCUAAAUCUUUAGAGCUUUCAAACUUUGCACCAGAUCUACAGAGGAUUAUGAUUCAGGAAAUGAACUAUUACUUUGAGACUAAAUUAGGGGAAACCGAACCGGAAUCUAAAGCAAAAACACAAGAAGCUUUAGAUCAUCAAGGAGAUGAUAAUGAAGAGCAAACCCCAAAGCCUAAUGAGGUUGAAACCUCAGAAUCCCCUUCUGUUCCCGCCCUCUACCCUAAAGUUAAUUUGGGAAUUCCAAUAGGAGUUGUACUCUCUAAGUCUGACAUUGGACAGAGAUUUUCUAUUCCAACUGAUGGUGUCAAUGGUCAGCCAUUUAUUCCAUUUGCUUUAAGUUUUCUAAUGAAUGUUGGAGAUCCUUAUGGAAUCAGCUACUUUGUUACAAGUAUCUUAACUUCAGGAGAUAUUCAUCAGGCUUUUGGAGUAGACCUUCUCUUAAGUUACAUUCUUCACAGACUCUUUGGUACGCCUUUUUUAAAUGAAGAUGGGAAAGUUUUAAAGACAGUAAAUGAAGUUGUUUCCAGAAACAACUCUAUACUUUGCGUACUCCCAAGAACUCCUAUUCAACGCCUCUCUCUAACUCCUACUCCAAAUGUCAAAUCAGAGAUCUAUGAGGAGUUGGUUCAAAAGUCUAAAUUUAUCUCCAGAACAAACAAUUCUACUGAUAUGUCAGAACUAGUUCAUGGUCUUUCCACAGCUUUUGACAAGAAAAUCCCAUCCUUAAAUGAAUUUUUAGAGCAAAUUAGACCCCAAAUUCCACUCCUAGAAGCCACCUCCUCAGGAAAUGCCCCAGUUCUUCUCUCACCCUCAGCUAACUCAAACUCUGAAGAUUCCAAGUCUAUUGGCGACUCAAAUUUAGUCAAAGGAACAGGAGCACCAUCUUCAACUAUCUCAUCCUCCACAUCAUCCGUAUCCAGCUCUUCACAAAGACUCAAACCUUCAAAAUCAACCCUCAAUUCCAACAACUCAAGUACUUCUGGGGACCCAUCCCUCAAAGGCUUCUUCCAAAGCCUUAUCCAAAGAGGCGAGAAAAAAGGCUCUCUUUCUCAUAGAUCCAACCUAAAACCUGCUGCCUCUAUGAGUUUACGCAAAGAAUUUGGCUCCAGAAUGGAAUCUAAGCUUUCAUCGGAUGCUAAACUUGAUGAAAAGAACCCAGAAAAUGAAAUUAGCACAAACCCCUUGGAAACUGAAAAGUCAGGAAACUUAGCCAAUGAAGAAGAAAUUGUUGAAAAACCUAUAGAAGAGAAUACAACGACUAAUAAUGAGGAAAAUAAUGACGAUAAACAGACAGAAUAA